UUUAUUUUUGGAUGAGUCGGUGUUUCAUAUCAGGUAGUCCCCGGCAACAUUCUGACUGAGCAGCAUUUGUAAGAUAUAAAAUUUUACGUGACAAGUCCUUGUCAGGAUGUCUCGCAGAUAUGACUCUCGGACAACUAUUUUCUCACCAGAAGGCCGUCUGUACCAGGUGGAGUAUGCCAUGGAAGCGAUUGGGCACGCUGGCACUUGCCUUGGGAUUUUGGCCAAUGAUGGUGUGUUGUUGGCUGCAGAGAGGCGAAACAUUCACAAACUUCUAGAUGAAGUGUUCUUCUCAGAGAAGAUCUACAAGCUGAAUGAAGAUAUGGCGUGCAGUGUGGCUGGGAUAACAUCAGAUGCCAACGUUCUGACCAAUGAGCUGAGGCUAAUAGCACAAAGGUAUUUGCUGCAGUACCAGGAACCAAUCCCUUGUGAACAGUUGGUGACAGCACUGUGUGACAUUAAGCAGGCCUACACGCAGUUUGGAGGUAAGAGGCCUUUUGGGGUUUCGCUGCUCUACAUGGGCUGGGACAAGCACUAUGGCUUCCAGCUGUACCAGAGUGACCCCAGUGGAAACUAUGGGGGAUGGAAAGCCACCUGCAUUGGCAACAACAGUGCUGCUGCUGUUUCCAUGCUAAAGCAGGACUUCAAGGAAGGAGAGAUGACAUUACAGUCGGCCCUCGCUUUAGCGGUUAAAGUGCUAAACAAAACCAUGGAUGUGAGCAAGCUGUCUGCUGAGAAAGUUGAAAUCGCGACGCUGACCAGGGAAAACGGCAAAACCAAGAUCAAAGUCCUGAAGCUGAAGGAGGUGGAGGAGCUGAUCAAGAAACAUGAGGCAGAGGAGGCCAAAGCCGAGCGCGACAAGAAGGAGAAGGAACAGAAAGAGAAAGACAAGUGAACACCUGGUGCUUUGUGCUCUUUUCUACAUUAACCAGAUCUGUUUUACUAAAAUACCACUUAUCACGUCUUUUGUUUUUCUGUAAGAUCUCAAUACAUGCAAACCAAUUUUGACUCUU